AUGCUACUGUUUCCUCAAUCAGUUCUUGUUCUACUGGGCAAUAUACGUCAUAUUUGGUCUAAUGCCAAAUUACCACAAGAAAAUAUUUUGUGUGCCUGUGUACAAUUUGUCUUCAAGGAUUUCAUUGGGUCUGCUUUUGGUGAGCCUGAACUAUUCAAUAUCACCCUUGAUGUUAUUCCAUUUCGCAGGAUAUUCCGGGUUCUAAAAGAAACAGUUGAAAUUUUUCCUUCAUUACUACUCGAGGGUGAUAACUCUGUGUUAUCCAAUAUUGUAGCUAGUCAAAAAAGCUCAACAAGUAAAUGCGAUGAUUGUGCACAGAUUAAAGUUGAACAGAUAAAAACAUUCACCAAGUUCAUAUUUGGUGCUGCUGAUUCCAUGUCCUUUUCGGGUAGUUUGCUAGGAGAGCAAUCUGAGAAUGUGUCACUCAAUAAGAAUAUUUCUCAGUUUGAUGAGUUAAAUGACGACAUUUCAACGAGUUCAUUUAACGAUGGUGUCAUUUCCGUAACCUCUAAUGAUUUGAAUAUUUUGAUUGGUUGUAUUCGUAUUCUUUUGAAAACAAAACCGAAUUCUGAUCCACUUCUUAAAUUGGUCGAUCGUUUACCCUCUCAAGUACCCGGUGCUACAAUUGGAGUGAAACAGUCUUUUGAUAAUACUUUGAAGGCAUCAGAUUCAGAUGUGAAUACAAUAUCUGCUGUGUUGGUUGAUAUAUCAGAAAAUAAUAUAGCUAAGACAAUAACUCGUGAAAUUAGUCGAUCAAAUAACAAGGCACCAUCAUCAUCGUUAUCACCACAAAGACAACGUAGUCGUUCAUUGAAUCGUCUAUUCAGCAUGAAGCAUAAAUCUGUUAGUCAGGCUGAAGAAAUACAUACGCUGAAUAGUAAUGUCGCUGUUACUGUUGCUGCUGCUACUGUUACUACUACUAGUGGACAAAGUUCUAUCCAUCGAAGAAAAGAUAUCCGGUCUAGUAAUAACGAGAAUUCAGAAAUUGUUUAUUUAUUCGAUUUAAAUUCUACAUAUCAUGAUAAUACUAGUCAUAAUGACCAUGAUAAUUUACUUCCUGACGCUGCAAUGAAUAGAAAAUGGAGAUUUGUGGUUAACGCGAAUAAAAAUGAUCAUGAUCAUGAAAAAGUGAAUAAUUCUGUUGUCAAAGCGACUUGUUCAUAUGAUGGUGAUAGUGUUCAAAUGAAUCACAAUUAUUCAAAUGUAAUUAUAAAAAGUCAACUGAAUGGCAUUAGUCCUGGUGAUUGUAGUUUUGAGGGUGUUUGUGCUGGUGGUAGUGGUAGUGUGAUCAGUGGCACUGAUGAAUCGAUGAGUAGAUCAAGCUGUGAACAUCAUCAUCAUUCCAUCGAUGAAAGUCAUACAAAAGCAAAGGUUACUGCUAGCAGUGAACAACAACAUAGUGUUUUUGAAUCUCCGUGUCCUGCAUUGGUUAACACCACCGGUGGCUUAAACAAUGACAACCAUUCAAAGAACGACUUUUCACAAGAUCAUUUUCUAACUAGUCAAAGGUCUAGUGACGAAACUACUUCUCAAAACUCUGAUCCCAGUGGAUGUACCAGUUUAGCUAGUAGUGCUAAUGCUUUUGGGCGACAAAAUCUUGAAACAGCAACAUCUGUCAGUGAAUCAUUACACAAUAAAAAUCUAGGUGGCAUACAAUUGAAUCAAGGCUUUUCUCACUUUACUUCUGCUUCUGGUCCUUCAAUCAAUUCAUCUUCACAUAUUUCUUCAUCUUCACCGCCAACUUCUCCAAAACAAGAUUUCUGUGAUUCACUGAGUGGAAAUAUCAAUGAUCGUACUACACAAUAUGUGGCAAGUAGCUCAAUUUCUCGGGGAAUUGAAAAGCGUACUAGAUUUUCUAUUUCAGUCCUGCCUAUUAACUCAGAAGUACGAGAAUUUGGAAAUGCUACAUUUACACCCAAUCGUUCGUUUCUAAUGCAGUCUAAAGUGCCACAAACAAGAUAUAGUAAUAGUGAACCCACUGCUUCAUCAUCAGUUGUCAGAUGUAGUUCAGUUGAUUUAUGUCAAUCUGAUUUAAUCAACCGUUUAGAUCGUUCAUCAAAUGAAACAACAAGUAAAUGUGAUCCCGUUGAAAAAUCUCAUUUAGGCUUUGUUUCUGAGAUACCUGUAUCAAGUACUUUAAAGCAUAAUAAUAAGAAGUCAACAGUUCAACUUCGUUGUUCAUCUCUUACAUCUUUAUGUGGAACUACUAGCAAUACUUCACUGCCAAUACAUCGUCUACACCGACACUCAAGGAAGCUUGGUGCAAGCACUUCGAAUCAGGAUAUUGAAGGUCCAGGUACUUCUAGCUUCUCUGUGGAUAGUGCAUCAAAUGAUAGCGAUAGUGAUAGUGGAUUGAUAGGAGCUGCAACGUCACAGCAUAGUACUGCUUCAUCUUCAUGUCAUUUUAACGCAUCCUUUUUACAUUCAUUUCAAAGUUCAUCACAUGAUACAGCUGAUGUUAGAGAAGUUGAUGAACAAUCCAGUUUGUUAACAUGUUCAUCAUGUGGUGUACAUCUAGGUGAAGAUGUUAUUCCUGAUACAAUUCCAGAAAAUUCAGAAUCACAAGAUGGCACUCAUGAUAUUGGUAGUGAUCAAAUCGGUACACAAGUUGAUGAACAAUCUAGUUAUCCAAGAGAUGAAGAAGAUGCAUUGUCUGAUUUACCACUAUCAUCAGCAAAUAUAUCUGGUCGUGUAACACCUUUAUCCUUAACAAGUACAACAUCUCGUGGUGGUCAAUUAACUCAUUCCAGUUUUCAUGGGACAGAAAACAAUUAUCGUACUUCAGGAAUGUACUCUCAGUCUGGUUUAAUCUUACCUACUGGAACAACUUUACCAGCAAAUGUAGCUCAUCUAGCAAGAUGUGGUGUUGGUGGUGGUGGUGGUGUGGGUGGUGGUCCAGGUGAUUUUCCUUCAACACUUUUUCAACGACAUUGUACACCAGAUGUUACAGAAAAAUUUAAUAAAUUCGAUUUACCUCCGCCUCGAUUGACAGAAAAUGAAACUCGAUCUACUGUCAGUGAUACAUGGUCUACAGAUGUACUUCCAUCGGAUACAGAAUAUGCUGAUCUUGGCCAAGAAUUUUCUGGUUCUCAGGCUAAUUUAACUCCAGAAAUAAUGAGUAGACGCCUUUCUAAUCGCACUUCACCACGUGUCUCACAUCGACAUACACAUCGUCAUCAUCAUAGGAGAACAGCACCUGUAUCAGAGUCAUUAACUCCUGAAACUACAGACAGUAGUAGUUUAAGGCCGCUACCUGAUGUUUCUUCAGAAUCAAAUGGUGGAGAAAUGCAACAACAUUUACCGUCUGAAUCACCCUUGGAGGGGAUGACUGUUAAUGAAGAAGGUGAAAGUGGGACGGUCAAUGCUGAAGUGAACAAUUCUGGUCAUCUUGAAGGAGACGCUGUAAAUUCUAAAAGAAAUCAUCAAUGUCAGGAGAAUUUUGAAUCAUCACAACCUACGGAUUCAAAUUCAGCAGAGAAAAAGAUUUCCUUCUCUCAACCGUCUCCUAAUUCGGUGGAUUUCUCAGCGGCUACAGAUUAUCAUCCUACACCGUCUACAUCACAUGCUAAAAUUCCACCAGUACAAACUGAUAAAGAUAAAUUUCGAACACUUCAGCCUACAGAUGGUCGACGCAGUAUGAAUGCAAAUCGUUUCCAUGGAAGUGCUCAUAAUUUAAAAGAAAGUUUUUCACGUCUCAUGGAAAGAUUAGAUAUUAUGACUAAACGUCAACGGAUAUCAACAAAUCCAAGUUUCGAAAAACAAAAUGGAAUUUCAGGAGCAUGUCACUACAAUGAUUGUCAGUCUAAUCUUUAUACACUACUUCCAGAUUUAAUGGAAUCAGUUACUAUGGCCUCAGGAGGAUAUGGACAGAAUCAGUCGUCUGUAAUUAUGUCCUCGCCUGCUUUGUUACGAAAUUGUAAAACACUGUCGAAUACAACCAAUAAACAAGUUACUACUGGGGCAAACAAUUCAUCUCAGCCAUCUGACGACAACAUUAUUAAGAAAGAAGAAACUGUCGAUGAAAUGAUGGAACGUUAUCGUCGACAAACAUUCAAUAUCAAUACAACAUCAAAUUCAAUAUCUAAUUCUACUUACAAUGAAUAUUAUAAUUCUAUUCCAAGUACUUCGAAAUCCCGUUUGCCUAAGAAGAAUAAGCAUAAAAUUGAAGAUACUGAAGAUAUAAGGAAUAAAAAUAUUCCCUCUAAGGCUUUGCUAUCAUCUGCACCAUCGUCUUCAUCCUCUUCGAACUCGUCGUCGGCUUCUUCGUCAUCAUCUUGUGCAUCUUUCUCCUCUUCUACCGGUGUACAUACCCAUAGAUCAAUUCCUCAGUUAUUCAAUUUAGCUCUACAUGGAUUACAAGAAAUCUUUUCUAAUUCAGCUUUAAGUAUUAUUGCUUUGAAUACUAUUCGGAAAAUAAAGUUCACAUGGAAUUUAAUCCGUGAACAACCAUUAUCUCAAGAAGUUAAUAUGACGGGUAUAUUUCAUGAAAAUCAAAUUUUAAUUUCUUUACUUAAUUCUAUACUGGCUGGAUUGUAUGUUACUCAGCAAAAUUCAACAAUAGUUGAUGUCCUCAUAGAAACAAGAAAUAUUAUACUGGAAUUAAGCAAUCGAUUAGACAUUCAUAAGAAUUCUGAUCAUAACUCAUUACAUUCGAAUGUUGUAAAAAGUAAUCCAGUCUCGGCAGGAGUAGUAGUUAAUGGUUAUUCAUCGGAGAAUGAAUUCAACAAUCGUGAAGAUCAAAAUGAUUGGCAAUUCACAACAGCUAAUGAUCAAACAACAUCUUGUUCUCUUAUUCAAUGCUUAAUAUCUAGUCUUCGUCAAUACCUUAGACAACGUCAAGUAUAUAGAGCUCAUUUGAUUAAAAGUCGUGAGCGAUUGAAUCAACUUAAAUCGAAUUUAGAGCUCUCAGUAAAUUGGAAAGGAUUUGUACUUCAGAAGUAA